AUGAAGGUUGACACAACAUUGCUGCUAAGCCUCCUCGGCUUAGCAGCUCAGGUCACAGCUGACCCAACAUGGCCUUCUGAUAUUGACGAAUUGGAGGAGAUUAUGUAUCAAACAGCAUUGGUAAACUCACGCAAAUUUUCCGAUACUGUCAAUCCGUGCACCCGCGAGGUUUCCGGCGCCGGGCGCAAAAACGCCGCUGAAUGGUUGAGAACUGCCUUCCACGACAUGUCGACUGCGAAUAUUUACCAAAAUUUCGGAGGCUUGGAUGCAUCUAUACAGUAUGAGUUAGGGCCAAAAAGUGAGAACACAGGCUCAGGCUUCAACACAACUUUGACAUUUAUGUCUCCCUAUAUGACGCGGAAAAGUAGCAUGUCGGACCUCAUUGCUCUCGGUGUUUAUACAUCUGUUCUAUCUUGCGGUGGACCCUCUGUCUCCAUUCGAGCUGGUCGUCGAGAUGCAGAUAAAAAGGGCAACCCUGGUGUACCUCAGCCUCAAAACGAUAUCACAACCUUUAGGAAUCAAUUCUUGCGCCUGGGCUUCUCCCCCCAAGAGAUGAUUCAGGUAACAGCGUGCGGUCAUACCAUUGGUGGUGUUCAUUCCUCCGAAAAUAGCGACAUCGUCCCUGCCAACACGUACCAAAACGACGUUCUUACCUUCGACUCGACCGAUGCCGUUUUUGAUCCUAAAGUUGUCACUGAAUAUCUCGACGGAUCGACCACCAAUCCACUGGUUGUUGUGCCUGGAACGGCGAAAAAGAAGAAUUCCGAUUUCAGGGUCUUCAACUCUGAUAACAAUGCAACAGUACGCGCCAUGGCCGAUGCCGCUUCCUUCAACUCGGUAUGCAAAACUGUAUUCGAAAAGAUGAUUAAUGUUGUGCCACCCGGCGUGACCCUUGGAGAUCCUAUUCGGCCCUAUCAAGUUAAGCCAGUCGGACUGCAGCUCAACCUCCUGUCGGCGUCCAGCAUGCAGCUUUCGGGAUACAUCCGUGUUCGCACAACUCAACUCCCGACCGCCAAUAUUGCUAGCCUCACCAUCAACUACAAGAACCGAAAUGGGGGUACCAACUGUGGGUCUACAGACUGUACCUUCAACAUCCGUCUUCAGGGAAUCUCUAGGGGUCUGGAGGAUACCUUUGCCUGGUUUCCCAUCUCAGGACAAAAUAUCCCCCUCAGCUUCGGCAUCUCAUCCUUUACUGUCACUAUCAAUAAAAAUGACGGCACUAGCACAUUGUUUGACAACAAUGGCAACGGUUACCCCCUCCAGGAUGGUAUCUUCCUUCAGAAGAGUCAAAGCUGCCUGAAUCAAAGGACUGGCGAUGCUACUUUCGUCGCCGCAGUCCGCAACGACCGGAUAAAUCUUCCCGUCAAACUUGCUAUCUCAUACAAGAUAAAGCAAGCUGAUAUGAGCCCCGUGCCGCUCCUGAGCAAUAUGACCCUCGAUAUGACCAGAGGAGACUGUCGAGGAGCCUACACUUUCUUUACUGUGACUACAAACAUCCCUGGCGGUAUCAGCGCCGAAUCCACCAUGGAUUUUAUCAGCGGUGAUGACUCAAACGCGAUGAUCGACUCUUUCAAGAAGGCCAACAUCAUUGGCGGUGGUUGCGCGGCUUGGUCUGGUGGUAGCACAUGCAGCAGCGUCACCGUUUCCUCCAUUGUACCAUCACGCACGUCCAGUGCGGUUCCAACUGCCACACUCCGUCAUCGCGAUACCGUUGGCGGAUACAAGCUUGUUUCCUGCUGGAAUGAGGUUCCAAACGGACGUGCUCUAAAGGGCGCCUCUUUCGCCUACGACGGAAUGACCCUUGAAAGCUGUAUGGCAAAUUGCACCGGCUUUGACUAUUGGGGUACUGAAUAUGGCCGAGAGUGUUACUGCGGAAACGAUUUGGACGCUUCCAGCACUUCGGCGCCUUUGAGUGACUGCAACUUUGUCUGUUCGGGAGAUUCGACAGAGUACUGUGGUGCAGGCAACCGAAUCGAACUUUACUCCACCACGGCUACGCGGACCAGCACUUCAACUCCCGCUCCGACUGCUACGCUUGCCCACGUUCCAUACAUUGGUAGGUAUUCCUUCGUGGGUUGUCAAACCGAGGCCACAGGCGUCCGAGCCCUGCAGGCCGCGCAGUCAGCGUCGGAUGACAUGACUCUGGAGAAAUGUGCCGCAUUCUGUUCCGGCUAUGCGUAUUUUGGCACUGAAUAUGGUCGCGAAUGCUAUUGCGACAACAGCCUGCAAGGCGAUAGCAAACCCGCCCCCACCACCGAGUGCAACAUGAAGUGUGCUGGCAACCCAUACCAGUACUGCGGUGACGGAAACCGGCUUGAUUUGUACAAAUUGGGCAGUGCCUCUUCCACCUUGUCUGUUCCGACGGUUUCGACUACGACUACUACGUCCGGCAGCAGUUCUUCCGUCCCAACUGGUUCUUUUGGCUCCCCUAGCAGCUCUCUUGUCCCGUCAAGCACUUUCAGUGCCCUAGCAAGCAGUAGUUCUUUCACAUCUUCCAGCGUCUCGUUCACUGGGUCUUCGACCACCGCACCGACCACCUUCAGCACUGCGGUCAUCUCGAGCGGCAUCGCCGUGUCGUCCAGUAGCACCAGUACUAUCUCCAGCAGCGUUACGUCAUCCAGCAGCAGCAGUAGUAUCUCUAGCAGCACAACAUCCUCAAGCAGUAGCAUAACAUCCUCUACUAGCUCGACAUCCACCAGCAGCAGCACAAUCUCAAGCAGCAGCACAAUCUCAAGCAGUAGUACAACAGCUAGCAGCUCGACAUCCUCCAGCAGCACAAUCUCAAGCAGCAGCACAAUCUCAAGCAGCAGCACAAUCUCAAGCAGUAGUACAACAGCUAGCAGCUCGACAUCCUCCAGCAGCACAAUCUCAAGCAGCAGCACAAUCUCAAGCAGCAGCACAAUCUCAAGCAGCAGCAGCACGAUCUCAAGCAGUAGUACAACAGCUAGUAGCUCGACAUCCUCCAGCAGCGUUUUGUCGUCUACCAGCAGCAUAACUUCCAGCAGUCAGACUUCAUCAACCAGUAGCACUCUGGUAUCGUCGAGCAGCAGCACAAUCUCAAGCAGCAGCACAAUCUCAAGCAGUAGUACAACAGCUAGUAGCUCGACAUCCUCCAGCAGCGUUUUGUCGUCUACCAGCAGCAUAACCUCCAGCAGUCAGACUUCAUCAACCAGUAGCACUCUGGUAUCGUCGAGCAGCAGUGUCGUCUCUAGUACCACCUCUUCCAGCGCCUCAAGCACUAUUCCUACGCUUGCCAAUGUCCCGACUAUUGCUGCGUUCAACUUGACGGGCUGCCACACAGAGGGCGAUGGUGUUCGUGCACUCAGCCAAAAAGGCUAUAGCUCUCAUGAUAAUAUGACACUCGAGAAUUGUGCAUCUUUCUGUUCCGACUACAAGUAUUUCGGAACGGAAUAUAGCGGAGAAUGCUACUGCGGCGACAUCCUCGCGUCAUCUAGCUCUUCGGCUGCUUUGUCCGACUGCAGUAUGCCUUGCAGCGGCAACCAGUACCAAUACUGCGGUGGCGGGAACAGGCUUACCCUAUAUUCCAGAGAGAAGAAGGUCGUUGCCCCUAGCCAACCAACAACUAUAGGAGCUUACACUUUCCUCGGCUGCAAGACAGAACCAGCCCAAGGCGGACGCGCCUUGGAUCUCAAGGCCAUGGCGUCGGACAAAAUGACCAACACCGUAUGUGCCAACUUUUGCCAGGGCUUCACCUACUUUGGCACAGAGUACAGCGGCGAGUGCUACUGCGGUAACGCAUUGCCGGCUGCGUCCCUAUCGGCGCCUGCGAGUGAUUGCAAUAUGCUUUGCUUAGGUAACAACACUGAAUUUUGUGGCAGCGGUAGCCGCCUUUCAGUAUAUAAGAUGUAA